CCGCGGGUGGCGGCGAGCGGAGCAAGGGGCGGGCGCCGCCUCGGCCGUGUUGCCCGGCAGCGGCCGCGGCCCCGCGAUGGAGGCGGCGGCGCGGCUGCGGCGGGAGGCGGCCGAGUAUUACCGAGGGCACCGAGUGCCGGAGCGCAUGGAGGAGGCGCUGAACGCCCUGUUCCCGCUGUGCCCGGAGGAUCUCUACGGGGAGCUGGCUAACUACCUUUCUAAAUUUUCAAAAGCUCCAGUAAUAUGCAAAUUAGUUGGAAGAAAAGUUCUUGAUGGAGUUGGUCAGCCAACAUUAGAAGUGGAAAUAUACUGUACAGUUAAAAACUAUGAGAAGAGGAUUUGUUCUGCUGUAAUGGCUACUCAUUCUCAAAUACCUGAAGAUGCUUUACCUGAAACAAUUGAGGCUGAUGAGAAAGAAAGAAAUGACUCUGUUGAUACUGCUGUGGAAUGGGUGAAUGACUCACUGAACACAAUGUUAAGGGACUUGGAGCCUACUGACCAAUGUCAAGCUGAUAAGAUGCUUGGUGAAUACUUUGCAAACAAGGUAGAAGAAAAAAAGGAACUUGAAAAGCCAGAGGAAGGAGAAGGAGAAAAAGGAGAAGAAAAAGCAGCAAAAGUUGCUCCUGCCCCUGCUUUGUCACCUCCAGCCCCAACAUCUAAGCCAAAAAAGGGAGAAAAAGGGAAGAAGGUGUUGGUGGAGGUGAAGCCCCUCCCGCCUGCAGAGCCUGCAGAGCCGGUGCUGUGUGGCAGCCUGGCCAUCGGGGGAGCUUCACUCGCCAUAGCAAAGGCUGGGGCCACCAUUCGCCGUGUCCCGUUGUACUUGCAUACUGCACUGCUGAAGCACAAUCAGGAGUCACCUAAAGAAAUGACUCUACCACUCCCGAUGGUUACUCUGUUUAACUGUGAAAAAAAAUCACCUACAAAACUGAAAUUAGUCAAAGAAGUUAUGCUUGUACCACCAGCUGAGUUAUCAAUCAAACAGAGCAUAAAAAGAAUUCUGGAUAUUCAGAAAGAAAUGACAAGAGUGUUGGAGUCUCCAGGCAGAACGCCUGGUCUACAAACAGACAGUAAGAAAGGAAAAGCACAAAAAGCUGCGCAACCAAUCUUAAAAGGAGUAUCACACUUAGGCUGCCUGACAACAGGAUAUGAUAGUCUAGAACAACUGCUACUCCUAAUUCAAAUGGCUUGCACCAACAUAGGUCUGGAGCUAGGAACAGACAUGUACUUAGCAAUAAAUUGUGCUGCUCAUGAAUUAAUGAAUUAUGAUAAAGAAAAAUAUGAAAUACUCACUGGAACAUUCAAAAGUCCUGAUGAAAUGGUUGCCAUGUAUGUGGAAAUGAUUAAUAAAUUUCCUUCUAUUAUUGCAUUGAUAGAUCCCUUAAGAAAAGAGGACAGAGAACAGUGGAGUAGCAUCUGCUGUGCCCUUGGUUCCAAAUGCUACCUGAUUGCUGAAGAUGCUGCCACCCAAAUUUCCAAACUCACAACUGACCAAAGCACAAACAUACCAAUGUGCAGUGGUGUUGUCCUAAAAUACAUUAACCAAACCAAGGUGUCAGACCUCAUAGAACUCACUGGAAUUCUGGAUGGUCAAAGACAUAUUACCAUAUUAGGAAGUCCAGAUGGAGAAUCUUCAGAUGAGAGCCUUGUGGAUCUGGCUGUGGGCCUGGGUGCCAGGUUCCUCAAGUUGGGAGGUCUGUGCCGCGGAGAAAGGGUGGCCAAAUACAACCGGCUGCUGGCCAUAGAGGAGGAGCUGGCCGCCAAGGGAGCGCUGCGUGAAGCAAAACUGGAAUUCGUUGAUUUUGCUGAAGAAUCACGGGCAGAUUUUGCUGAAGAAUCACAGCCAGAACAAGUUGCUGAUGCACUUCCUGCCCCAGAGCAGGAUUAGCUGUCUCCAGUGCUCUCAGCAGCCCUGCAGAUUCACAGCCUGCCUGCUCAGCUCCCAGAGAAUAGCACACUAACCUAGCUGUUGACAGCCUUGUCAACACUAACUUUGGGAUAAAUGUCUAGAAAAAACAUUUUACUAAGAAACUCAUAUAUUAACUAUUCCUAAAUCCAUUUAUUUUCAACCAGUUCAGCCAAGUAUUUCUAAGAUAUUUCAAAUACUGGCUUCACUUUUUCCAGGGACCAUUGCCUUCAGCUGAAACCAAAUUAACUGAGCAGUGACUAUAGUCUGAAAAUACCACAAAAUUCUGUGCUGUAUUUACAAAUUGACAGCACAAAUACUGCUGUGUUAAAUCCAAAACUAAAUGUUUGUUUUGAGAAAAUCAGAAUCUCCCUCCAUACAAAGAGCAAGCUGUUGACAAACAUUAGAAAAAAACCCACAAACAGAAGACCACAUUUUACAAAAAAAUAAAGGCCUUGACUGUUAUGCUGCUCCAUCCCCCCACAUCCCCUCAAUGCUGCAGUGACAU